AUGUGUGAGCACAAAUACCUGACCUGCUUGUCUUCCCCUUAUGCCGCGGCUUUUCCAUAUCGCACUUAUACGACAGGCCAGCUUCUCACUGCCGUCACUGGGAAACGCAAGGCAUCCGAGAAUGACAACUCGGUCCUAGCGCCCCAGGUAUAUCCUGCUCCCCUCAUACUCCCGGGCGAUGAUAUCGAUUGUGAUCCAACAUACCCACCACAGAGUUUUCGGGAGUGGGUGAAUAUGGGAGUGCGCAAUCAGGUAAACUCGCGCAGGAACGUGAUAUAUCUGGCUGCAACAUCGGACGUUGAUGACAGUGUUGACUUCAUGCGAGACUGGCAAUUUCCAACUGUCAGAGGGAUCGAAAAGGCUACCACAUCGGUGCUGGAAGAUCGGUUCAAUAUCGAGACAGUCGCUGCUUACCUUCGGGCAUUUUACCACGGCCUCGAUGUCAAAAUUCUUCCGCAGAAUUUGAUGUUCACUUCGUGCGAAGAUACUGCAACCUCCAAAGCCAGACGCCAAGGUCGAGGUGCAGCAGAAGACCAUGCCAAAUUACAACAUGUUGGCUUGUCCACCGGCAGAGAAGUUGUACGAAUCCGUGCACGACCACCGCCUCCGGUCGACGCUGCUUCCCCAUCCGAAGUCUUUCCAUAUCCGUACCAAUUGAACCUGAACGACCUUACCGAUGUGUCCGUGCGAGUUCUUCCUUCCGAUGCGUAUGCGCUUGUAUUGAUGACAAAGCACGACCUCUACGAGUCAGACGACGACGAUUUCUGCUGUGGACGUGCAUGGGGUGCCAGUCGAGUCGCCAUUGUUUCGAGUGCAAGGUACUACACAGCAUUGGACGAGCUCCAUUGUGUUGACUUCAACCAUGUAUGGCCGGCCAGUCAUUGUGCAGCAUUCAUUCGUAAAAUGAGUGCUGAGUCAGGUCAAGUGGUGGUUCCUGCUGCUAGUAACCGGCGGAAAAUACGCAGCAGAAGGUACGAGAGGCAGGAUGAUAUCAGUACUGAGUUGUUGAGUUCUGCGACCCCCAUGCCGCUACUGAGAGCCUUGACAACGCACCAGCAGGCUGCCCAUCGGCAGCAAACGCCUCGAGACCAAGCGGCGUCCGCUCUUCUCUUCCGACUCUGCCGUACAGUCUCACACGAACUGGGUCAUUGCUUUGGACUCGAUCACUGCAAGUACAAAGCUUGUGUGAUGCAAGGCGCCGCUUCCGUCGCAGAAGACAUGCGACAACCGCCGUAUCUGUGUCCGGUAUGCGACAGGAAGGUUGCCUGGGCCAUCACGCGAGGAGCUACGGGUGGACAGGAAGAUCGAAUUACGAAUGAGCCUCGUUCUAACAAAAUUGGUGGAGGAACAAGGGAUGAAGUCGAUGUCGAAAAGUGGGAAGAAAAGAUUGAAGUCUGGAAACGAGGUAGGUCGUUGGCGGUUAAAGACUUUGCUAAUUUGCAAGGAGGAAGCUUUGCGGGAAUGGCAGCUUGGUAUGAGGGAAUGCUUGAGUUGAAGGCUGCUACAUGA